AUGGGGGCGACACUUCAUCAACCAACACCAGCACCAUUUACCAUGUCCGCGCAAACCAGUUUCUACCCCGCAGACUCUGUGGAGAACUCUGCCGUGGCUCCAUCCUCCCUGCUCCUGAGCAAUGGCUUCAACCAGGAGUUCCUCAACCUCGCCCUCCUUGAGCAACCAACCCACGGCAUGCCAAUGCAGUUCCAGCCCAACAACCAACAAGCACAUAUACAGGGUAUACCACAGUCAUCAAUGCAAGGCGACACCACCCCACGGGCACGCCUACGCAACCGCCAACUCCGCCCAGCACCCCGCAGCAACCGCAAACGCUCUCUCGAAGACGAGAUGAACCAAGCCCCCCCUCCAUAUCUGCAAUACCCCUCCUACACCAAUUUCUCCUCCUUCUCCUCCGCCUCGACCGACCACGCCCACGAAGACAGCCCGGAGCAAGACUUCACCUUUGACGACGCCCGCAGCCACCACUCGUACUCGAGCAGCCCCAAGUCCUCGCCAACAACCCACAGCUUCCGGCACGACGAAGUACAAAAGCGUGAGAAGCACCUGGAGCGCAACCGUGCGGCUGCGAGCAAGAGCCGACAGAAGAAGAAGCGCGAGACGGACCAGCUCAAGACGCGGUUCAACGAGGCCAGCCGCAAGAAGCGGUUGCUUGAGGCGGAGAUCAAGGAGCUGCAUAGUGCCUUGCUCUUCUUGAAGGAUCAGAUCCUCAUGCACUCGCGGUGUGAUGACAAUGCUAUUCACGUCUAUCUUGGAAGGAUGGUGAAGCAGGCGACCAAGCAUGGUUCGAUAAGCUCGGCUUCGGCCGAGGAGGAUAUGGCGCAGUCUCUGUCGCCGCCCGAGACUGAGAUGCAGUCUCGUCCUGAGCAACCCGCCUUCGACAUGACCAGCCCUGAUUCGGGUCCGGGUCCUGGACCGGGCCAAGCCCCCGGCGGAAUAUCAUGUGGUGUCGACAAGCCGCUGAUAGAUCCGAUGAUGUACCAGCCGGCUGGGAAUAUCUUCGACUACCAGAUCAGCAUCUCGUAA